UGUUUUCGUCCUAAGUGGUGGUCGAUAUAAGUGACUUUAUAAAUAGCUCAUUGAAGGAGUUCCUCUUGUGCCGAGUGCUUGAGUCACGCAUUCCAAGCAUAGUGCGGGAAUUGUACUUGAUUGUUGUUUUACCUUGCAAGUGACUGAAGGUAUAACUAAAAGACAAUUACUUAGAAAAAAAAACAUCAAUUAUUAAUACGUUUGCUGAAUUGAUAAAAGAAAAGCAAACUUACAUAAGCAUUCCAAAUAUAGUGCAAGCAUCGAAUUCUGGCACAGUUUUCCUCCUGAGUGACUGAAGGAAAGGAAAAAAAAAAACAAUAUAAAUAAUAAGAAAGGCAAUACUUUCGAUACAGAUACUAAAUAAACAAAGAUUAAUAUUAGUGAUUGACAAAACGAGUGUUGCAUUUGCAUGACCUCGUUGAGUGAGUGUUGACUUACUGUUAUCACUACUACUACUACUACUACAACCACGCCUUCAUACUUAAAAACACGUCAAAAUGCAGCUCUUGUCAGCAGCUAAAUACGACCAAAGAGAGGGAGACGUGGCACCCUUGCAUGGCGUGAUAGGAUGCACCCAACUGGAGGAGGAAGCAGAGGCCACAAGAAUUGUCCCCACCCACACUCCCCAACCUCCCACGACCUCCCACAGCGUACAUCACCCCCACCACGUCGUCCCAAGUGGCACCUCAUCUUAUGACAUUCCAGGCAACACUAGAAAGAGGAAAUGUGACGAGGUGGAGAGUAAUAGUGAGGAGGAGAGAAGGAUCACUCAGGCGAAAGUGAGGCAAUACCUUCAGCUGAGGCGAAGGUUAUUGCUCAGUCAGAGAAAACUUGUCAAGGCGGGGCAGACUGGACUAAAGCUACCUCUGUGUUACGUGUUCAGUGAUCUCCUCCUCCACCUACCUCGCCUGAGUUACGUGGGUAAUGGUGGACAGGGAAGAGGGAGAAGGAAAUCCCACAUGCCAGACCUCAGCACCCCCAUAGACUCCAGCCAUCCCCUGGAGGCCCAAGUACCCAAGACGCCUCCCCUGUACCAUGUCCAGGAAUCCCUUGACUCCCUGUCCCUCGAGGGGAGCGGCUUCAGUGAGGAGUGGUUCACCAACAUUCUGCAGGAUGUCACGAAGGAUCUCAACAAGUAUGGAGUCUGUGUGGUCGACGACUUCCUUGGCGAGGAGCGAGCUGACCGCAUCCUGGAGGAGGUGCGGACCCUACACUCCCUCGGCGUGAUGCAGGCUGGGCAGGUUGUGUCUCAGCAUGUGCAGGACCAGGCAAGGGGCAAGAUCAGAGGGGACAAGAUAACCUGGGUGACUGGGGAUGAGCCUCACUGCUCUUCUAUUGGUCAGCUGGUCAAUGUGGUGGAUUACAUCGUCGCCAAGGCCAAUAAGCACUAUGAUGCCGGCAAGCUCGCCCAGUACAACAUUACCUGGAGAACUAGGGCCAUGGUGGCGUGCUAUCCUGGCUGCGACACUCACUACGUUAAACACGUCGACAAUCCCAACGGUGACGGAAGAUGCAUCACCGCCAUCUACUAUCUCAAUAAGAACUGGACCCCCAACGAUGGCGGCGUGUUGAGAAUCUACCCCGAGAACUGCAGUGAUAUCAUAGCCUCCAUCAAUCCCUGCUUUGACCGCAUGCUGUUCUUCUGGUCAGACAGGCGUAACCCACACGAGGUCAUGCCUGCCAAGAUAGUCAGAUAUGCUAUCACAGUGUGGUACCUGGACCAGAAGGAGCGGGAGGAGUACCUGGCCCGGGAAUAGGUGAGAGGCGUGUCCCACACGUGACAAAGUGCUGGUGUUGCUGGUCCUCCCCGCCGCCGUCCCGCCAACACCCACACAGGGCCACCAGCCUCCUCCUGGGACACAGUUUACUUCCUAACCUCUACUGUGGUGGAGAUAACAGUGAAUUUGGAGCUUCACCUUGGUUAUGCUUCAGUUCCUCGUCUCCUUUCCUUUCCUUCUCAUUACUCAAGUGUGAGCCUCUGUGUGUGGUUGUGUGAGCGAGUGUGUGAGUGGUUUAUAAGACAGGUUAUGGAGUGUCUUGCCAUAGAGAGUGGAGGGGGAGUUAUCAGUGAACCUAGCAAGUAGGCAUAUGGUUUUAUUUUGUCAUCGAAGUGUUUUUAUCUCCUUCAUCCAUCUUUGAGUUGUCUUUUAUCUGCCACAGCAUUAUAACUGGCUACCUUAGUGGAUAGUGAGAAGUGGAUGGAUAUUUUCUCAGCCAGUGUGGAGCGAGAAGAAAACUGGUUGGUGCUGGUUCUCGGAGUGGCGUCCAUGACAUAUGUAACAUUGCCUCAAAGAGCAGGUGGUUGCAGGAGCUGGAGGAUGUGAAUGUCAGUCUAUAAUGAGUCAGCAUUGACUUGCCUAUUCUGACUUGAAAUUCACUUUACAGAUAACCCGUAUAUACAGACAUGGAAUGCACUUUAAGCAGUAUACAUACGUACUCUCGUAAGUUACUACUAUAUUAACCAACUGGAUUUGAAAAGUCAGUGUGAUAUAACUUAUAUCUUACUCUUUGCAUUGUAGUCCAUAUUUGUAAAUGUUUCAGCACUUCAUCAAUGCUGCUUGUAAGAAGCUUUAGUGAAAGCUAGUGGGAAUUUCAAAGGUGUUUUUGAUAGUGAUAUACAAAGGUAAAAAACACCUGUGAGGACCUAACUAGUCAUCUAUAGUCUUUGAAAGUAGUCCUGAUGAGAGAGAGAAAGCAUUUAUGAGUAUGGGCCUGUGGGUUUCCAUCUCUUUGUGCUGAGGUGAAGGUCAUCUAGCACAGAGUAGGUGGAUGAUAGUGAGAGAAAGGGUGUUUGAACUGUAACGUGUGUUGGGGGCGAGGUGUCCCUUGCUUAGUGUCAGUGAGGUGGAUGAGCUUUCCAAGGAUGAGGGAAGACUGUACAGUUUGUUACGAAUGUUCCCUUAAAAUGAUGUAAUCUCCCCCCACAAAAAAAAGCAGUACAUAUCACGCUUGUGUUGAUCAUUUGAUGUGCUUAGUCAGUAUAUAGUCAGUCGGAAGUUUCAUAACCUUGUGUAUGUGCUUCACUGUUUGGCAUUUGUCCCUCCGUUUCAAAUCCUGAUUUGCCGAGUUUCUUAAAUUGACAUCUGACAGAUUCUUAGCAGAUCCAAGGACUAAAAACUGAAGGGAAAGCACUAAACAUGAAGUGAGUGGGACAAGGUUAAGGAACUUGUAUGACCUGUGUAAUAAUGGCAGUAGCAACAUCACACACCAAACUUGCAAGCAGAUCUUGUACUCCUCACUGAGCUGUGCACACUAAAUGAUUAACCUUGGUGUGUGUGUUUUGUGUGUGUUUUAUUACAGUACAUACAACACACACCCAGGCGUCCCCUAUGUUCCCCUGUCACUCCCCCAGCCUCCUCGUCCUCUGAGAAAUGUCAGCAGCCUGCAGCAGCGGGAGUGUGACUUGUUACCAGGGAGAGCGGUGACACACAUGUACUUAGGAACACGCAGGAAGGAUGAUGCUGCAGUGCUGCUUAUAUAUACACAUAGACACAUAUUUAUUACACAGCAGUUGUUUGCUAAUGCCUUGUACAGGAGAUGGUUGUGAUAUAUUUAUUAGGAAAUUUACGGCGAAUCUGGUACAGAAAUAAAAGUGUUUCUUUGUAAUUCAUAGCCAAAGAUGGAUGUGUAUGAAAUUUGUGGAGUGGGCGUGACGUGUCACUACUGUGACAAAAAGGAACCAUUGUAGGAUAACCUUUGCCCUGAGCCUGGACUGCCCGUGAGCACUCGGGAUCAGGUCAGGGAGGCUGUGACCUAAGCUGCUGUGACCCUCCACCACCUGCUGUGUAUUCGCAUGUAUUGUACUUGUGCUUCUAUUAACAUCUUGUCACAACAGUUCAUACACAUCAUAGCCAGGAGGGGCUUGUUUUGAACUCCUCUCCACUGUUUCUCGGUAUGAAAUUUGCAUCUUUAGCUUUACAACACUAUUUCUCUUCUAAAUAUUUGUAUUGAUUUAUAUCGAUUCUCAUCUUGAUGGAUUUAAGAUUUUAUACGUACUCCUGGAAGUGCUCACAUUUCCACUUUUAUUUUUUAAUGUAUUGCAUCUUAGAUUCCUUCUUAAGUUUUUGAAAUGAAUAAGGAAAGUGUGUUGAGUGUAUGCCGUCUCACUCAGUACACUCUAAAUGAAUGUAAAAUGAACCUUGUCUAUUUUCUGCAUCAGGGCUUGUGAGGAUAAAGUUAUUGUGACAUUGGUGCUAUAGAGUGUACAGGUGUCAUUAUUUUGCCUCGUGCUAGUGGCGCAUACACUGGAACGCAUAAUUUAAUCUGCAUUCAUUCAUUUCAGUGUCAUGAAAGCAUUCAUUCAUUCGUCAUGAAAGGAGCAAAUCAAAGUUGUUGAUUUUAAGUCUCCUUUUAGUCUUGCAUUUAUCAUUCUGAUUUGUAAACAUUUAAUUUUGUUUGUGUACACAUUCAUAUUAGUUUUUCCUGUUCUGUUCUUUUCUGAUGUCUGGUGUUUUUUUCCAUUUGAAGAUUUGGUGCCCAGUUGUAUAGUGUUUUUAUUCAUACAUUUGUGGUGUAAUGGGCAAAUCAAAUGCGAAUUUACAUGAUUUUUAGCUCAGUGUUCUUUGUUAGCUCGGAGCUGUGUUCUCUACUUUCAAGCAAAAUUUGUGUAUAUAUAUAUAUCAGCCAUUAUACUGAUCCUCUAUUCAAACCCAAAUAUGAAGUUAACCGAUACUGUGUUGAUGGGUUACAUUCAAGCCGAGCAUUGCCGUGCUCAGCCGUUUAGCGUUGCCAGUGGAUGCGCCCCAAGGAAGUGCUGGGUCAAGGAUGCUGUACAUACAUAACCCAGUAUAUUUUAGGGAACUUGUACUCGUAUGUCACUUCAUACUUCAAUUAAUGAAAAAACUGACAGACCGAUCAAACUCAAUGCCGUAUAAAUAAAAACAUUGCAAUGAUGAAAA